UUCCUAUGGAAAAAAUGACACAAAUUACCAAUCACAAGAAUCCCAAAAGCUUCCAAGACUAUCAGAAUGCAAUAGACCUCGAAGAAUACCGCAAAAUUUCAAACAUAAUUUCAAAUCCAUCCACAGUGCCCAGAGAUAAUGAGAACAGUACUUCAGAGACUGACCAUAACGAUGUACAGAAUGUGCUGAAGCAGAUAUUUGGACCAUCUUCAUCGACAUCUGGACAAGUAUUCCAGAACUGCUUUUUCAAUAUUAACAUUAAUAUGGCCUCAAGUGAGACUGUCAGUGAAACAUUAGUCCUUUCUCAAGAGAGCAGCUCACCUUCCAGGAAAGUACCCAGACUGUCUCUAACGCCAAGUCCAUGAGUAUUAUUU